UCUUGCAAGGGAAGCUCAACUGCCCUUCCCUCCCUUGACAUCCACUCAAAUCUUCUCUUUUAAAACUGCAAUGCCUCGCAGCCUGUUCAUACAAGCCAAAAGAAUUUAUUGCAGAAGAGAAAAGGAAUUGCUAGCAAUGGAGAUUAAGGUAGACUCUCAUCAUGAUUCAUUGAAUGCCGGUGAAGAAAAACUCCCUCUCCUGAAGGGAGUGGCCAUGCCAAAUGAGGAUAAGAACUUGGUGCAGAAAGCGAUUAGUCAGACAUUCAAGAGCACAGCCCACCUGGCCAAUCUUUUACCUACUGGAACAGUUCUUGCUUUCCAGCUUUUAUCGCCCAUAUUUUCGAAUCAGGGAAACUGUGACUCGGUUACUAGGUCCAUGACUGCAGGACUUGUUGUCCUCUGUGGGUUGUCUUGUUUCCUGUCAAGCUUCUCCGAUAGCUUUAGGGACAAGAAAGGAAAUGUGUGUUAUGGGCUUGCGACAUUCCGAGGCUUGUGGGUCAUUGAUGGGUCGGCAACCAUUCCACCAGAAGUUGCUGCAAAUUACCGGCUGCGGUUUAUAGAUUUCAUGCAUGCCCUCAUGUCGAUACUAGUAUUCGCAGCUAUUGCCUUGUUUGAUCAGAAUGUGGUAGAUUGCUUCUAUCCAUCACCAUCGACCAAGGCUCAGGAGGUCCUCACAGCAUUGCCUGUCGGGAUCGGUGCGCUUUGUAGUAUGCUGUUCAUUGUUUUUCCCACCAAUCGCCAUGGAAUUGGCUUCCCCCUAUCUGUUAACUAACACUUGAUAUACCAGUAAAAAUAUUCUUCUCCCAAAUUUAAUAACGCUGCUAAUUCAUUUGCA